AUGAUGAAAUAUGAGAAAAUUGAGAGGACAGUCAUCCCCUGUCGGGUGAUUGUCGGUGUAUUGGGAUGUCUGGGCUGUACUCUCCUAUACAUGUUGCGGACCAAUCUGUCCGUCGCUAUCAUAGCGAUGGUCGACGAGAAGCAAGGCCGAUACCAAUGGACACAAUCGGUUCAGGGAGUGAUACUGGGGUCGUAUUUCUACGGCUAUACAUUGACACAUAUUUGCGGCACUUUUGCCGACAGAUUCGGUGCCAAAUGGAUGGUGGGUUUGGGUGUCUUCAUGCCGGCCAUAUUGAACGCCUUUAUACCGACCGCAGCGGACAUUCACUACACAGCGGUUGUGGUCCUACGGGUACUGAUGGGCGCCUUUCACGGUCUGGUCUUCUCGGGUUUAUUCUCGUUGUACGCCAAAUGGUUCCCGCAGUCGGAGAUGAAUCUGCCCCUAACGGGCAUUAUAUUUUCGGGCAAUUUGGGUGGUGUGCUAACGAUGCCACUCGUCGGCUACCUGUGCAAAGUGGCUGCGCUGGACGGCUGGCCCACUGCCUUCUACUUUACCUCAUUUAUACACGUGUUUUGGUUUUUACUGUGGAUUCAUUUGGUGAGCGAUCGCCCGGAAGACAGCGAUAGGAUCACCGGCGCUGAACUCGACUACAUUAUGGCCGACAAUAAGUCGUCGAAGAAUGUGCGGAACCGCUCGACUCCGUGGCGAUCGAUAUUUGUGUCGCGGGCCGUCUGGGCGUCGAUUGUGAGCAAAAUAUGCGGCUCUUUUGGCUAUUAUGUGUUGUGCACUAAAAUGCCCACAUAUUUGGACACAGUAUUCGGGAUGUCUAUACAGACCAACAGUUGGUUUAAUUCGCUAUUUUAUGCCAUACUAUGCGUGUCGACGCUGAUCGCCGGUCCCCUCUCCACGUGGGUUAACGGCAAACACUGGAUCUCAUUGACCAGGAGUCGGAAAAAUUUUCAAAGUUUUGGUAUGUUUGGCUGUUGUAUAUGCAUAGGUGUAAUACCGCUGGUUGGUUGCAAUAUAGUGGCCGUCAUGUGUUUGUUACUGUCGGGCAUAUUUCUGUUUGGGUCCAUUGCCGGGGGCGAAUACGCCUGUAUUCCCGAAUACGCGCCCAACUAUUCGGGCACUGUUUACGGCGUGGCCUCUACUCUGGCCUCAACCACAGGUUUUAUGGGCCCUCAGAUUGUGGGACUACUCCUCGAUCACGGCGUAAGAGAUGGGUCGAGUGUUCGCCAUAAGUGGGAUAUAGUGUGGUAUUUGUCGGCCGCCAUCUAUGGCUUCGGCGGCGCUUACUUUGAGAUCUACGGCACGACUGAACCCCAGACCUGGGCUCUGAUCGGCGAAGAAUCGUUGACUAAGGAAUUAAAUAAAGACAAUAAUAAUAAGGAUAAUAAGGAUAUUAAUUUAAAUGUAUAA